ACCAAAAUCUCAUAUUCAUAUCUAGACAAAAUUAACAGUUAAAACUAACCAACAAAUUGGACUAUCCCUUUUGAAGCUUCUAAAAACGGUACUAUUUCAAUCCGUCCAUCAAUCACAUCUGGAAAUUGCUUUACAUUUGAAAAAAACAUUUUUGAUAAACAAGCCUAAAAAAAAGUUGAGCAUUUCACGCCCUAUCUUUUUAUCUGGUGGAUAUUCCCGUACAUUGCAGUUUCAAUUAUGAAUUUACAAUGAGAAAAAAGUAUGCAGUCCCAGAAAAUUUUGUAGUUAAGCUACACAACCGAGCAAAAUUUUUUUCUACCAAAAAACAAAAUUCAUUAGUAAUUUUCAUAAAAUUAAAAAGUUUAGAAUUAUGGGGCACGUAUAUAAAUUUUAACGAGAAGUGGAAUCAGAUAGUAACGUUGCAGCCGUGCGCAUAGUAGUUCUGCUGCUACUGUAUCGCGUUUAAUGUUUUCUUUUCUACUAAAGCACGUUUUCCUAAUCUAAGCUUUCCAUCUGUGUAUAGAGAUAAUAUCUCCUGCUCAACUGAUGAUGUAGAUCGUAGAUUGCUUGAGCUGAUUUUAAAUUGUGAGAGAAUCAGGUUCGGGAUCAUACAGACUUUAGCAAUAUGGCUGAUUUCAAAAAUUAUUUUACCUUUUCAAGUAGUGUUGAUAACUUGCUUUUUGAAAAUGUGUCAGUUUCCUCUAAUGCAGGUAUGUUUGGGCUCUGUAUUGGAGUUGCCUUCUUUACCAUAGUUUAUGAAGUUGUAAAGUCUCUUCGACAUUACUUAGUUAUAUUACAGAUGAAAAGUAAAGAUUCUUCAAGUACUAUUCAUUCAGAAGGAAGGCACAGUUCUCUUUUCCGUCGAUUAAAUCCUUCGCUGCAGAAAACUAUUGAGAGGCUGAAAUACCAUUGCCUUCAAACUUUACUUCAUAUGUUGCAGCUCACAAUGGGAUAUAUGCUAAUGCUUAUAAUCAUGAGUUAUAAUGCAUGGUUCAUAGUUACUGUCAUCAUAUGUACAGCUUUAUGUUUUUAUUUCCAUGAAUAUAUUUUAUCUAGAAAAUCUAUGAUUGUUCCUGUAGAAAUACCUGGUUCAAAUCUCUAGAAAAGCUUUUUUUUUUCCCUUUAUAACAAGUUAUCACAAAACAUUUUUUUAACUAUUUGAUAAAUGUUCAGUUUUAUCUUGACAAUGUUGCAUUUAUACAGUAACACUUCUUAUCUAUACUGACAUUUUGAAUUUUUACCAAAAUGCCAAACAGAAAAAGCAGUUUAAUUGCAUUAAUCAUUAUGUGUUCAGCAUUCUUAUUUUAAUUAUGUAAUUGUUUAAUCUGUUUGAUAAACGUUCAGUUCUGACAGUGUUGUAUUUAUCCAAUAAUAUAUUAUCUGUAUUGGACAUUUUGUACUUUUAUCAAAAUUCUAGCCAGGAAAAGCAAGUUAAUGGCACUCAAUCAUUGUGGGUUCUUAUAUUAACCACAGUUAAUGUUUAAGUUACUUCAUAAAUAUUCAGUUUCAUCCUGAUAGUGUUGCAUUUAUGGAGUUGGACAUUUUGCACUUUUAUCAAAAUGCUAUCCAGAAAAAGCAGCUUAAUGACAUUUAAUUAUUGUGUGUUUACAUUCUUAUUUAAACUUUGCAUUUUUAUUCAAAAUGUCAAUCAGGAAAUGCAAUUUAAUAGCACUCAAUCAUUCAGUGUUCUUAUAUAACUAUAUGAAUGUUUAAUUUACUUUAUAAAUAUUAUCCUGGCAGUGUUGCAUUUACAGAGUAACAUUUGUUAUCUCUGUUGAGCAUUUUGCAUUCAUUUUGCCAUAAUGGUGAAGCAAUUUAAUGGUAUUCAAUCAUUAUGUGUUUAGUGUUCUUAUUAUACUAAUGUUUAAUCUAAUGUAUACAUAUUUAGUUUUAUCCUGUCAAUGCUGCAUUUAUGCAAUAAACACGUAUCGUCUAUAUUAGACAUUUUGCAUUUUUAUCCAAAGCCUGAAAAAAAACAAAUGCCAUUCAAGCAUCAUAUGUUCAGCAUUCUUAUCUUGAUUGUAUUUAGGCUUAAACUGUUUUAUAAAUAUUCAGUUUUAUCCUAAAACUGUUGCAUUAAUGCAGUAACAUUUAUUAUGUAUAUUUAGGGUUGCCAACUCUCUCAACUCACAAUAAAGAACACUGUAAAAUAUAUUUUUAUUAUUACUGUAAAUUAUUGGAAUACACUUUUAAAAUUAAUACCCAUAUAAACAAAGUUUCUUAAAAAUUUGAAAACAAUCAAAAAAUUUUACUUUGGUAAUUUAAGUAAUAAUAAAUCCCCUCAUUAAACACAAAAGAUGCAUCAUUCUAAUAAUUAUUAGAAUUCAAUUAAAAAAUGUAGAAAAAUUUUAAUUAUUUCAAACUUUAAAAAAAACUCGUGUAUUUUUUAAAAUUAUAUUUUUUCUGAUUUGGGGUGAGAAAAUAUGCACCAUUUUAUAUUUUUCCUACAAAUUCUGAAUUACUUUCGUACAAAUUAAAAGAUAUAAUUAAUUAAUUUUAAUAAGUUCAAUCAAAUAUCUUUCCAUUCAUUUCUGCAUUUAGUUGCUAUGAUACUAAAAUUUUUUCACGUAUGCUUAUGUUACAGGAACUGAAAUUGCAUAUAAAAUUAUUUUUUAAAUAUUCAUGCAUUCAUUAUCAGAAUUUUAAAAAUUAUGCCAUUUGCUGCUUGAUCAUGUAUAAUCUUUAGAACUUUGAUUAGACUCAAAGUUUUUUUUAAUUAAUGUUACUUCAUCAAAAAGGUCAUAUUUAAAUCUACCUUUUCUUUCAACAAAUUUCUGGUAUUCUGGAAAUUAGUUAUUUAACAGUCUUACAAUUGACGAUUUAUCAAAUGUAGAAUUUUCAUCAAAGCGUUCUUAGCAAUUGCUAAGAAAAAAAUAAUCGAAAAGUUAUUGAUAAUUUUUUUAGAUUCUGCAUUUUCUAAUUUUUUAAAAAUAUGAAUGAACUGGAAAGGAAAAUUG